AAUGGAUCACUGCGACCCUCGCAACAGAAACAGUGGACAUUAUUGAAUGAAUCACUUCUGAAGUGCCAUCUCUCCAUCAAUGAGACAACACCGCCAGACAGAGGUGUGUUUUGUCCACAGACAUGGGAUGGAGCUUACUGCUGGCCAUACGCUGAAGCAGGAACACUCGUGGUCAAGCAAUGCCCAGACUACAUAUACGGAUUUAAUCCAAAUGCUUCUGCGAGUAAGUUUUGUACUGAGGACGGCUCGUGGUGGUCGCAUCCUCUUCUGAACAAAACAUGGACCAAUUACUCACUUUGUGGUGAUCCAGUUCCACCGCCCAACAAUGUAGACGGCGUUUUCGAUGUACAUAUUCCAGUUAUUAAAGCAAUUUCACAAGUGGGUUAUGCCCUAUCUCUAACACUUUUAUUGAUAGCUUGUCUUCUAUUAGGAAGCGUGAGGAGGUUAAGAUGUCCUCGCAAUAAUUUGCAUCUUCAACUAUUUGCAUCUUUUAUACUAAGAGCGGCUGUAUCACUCUUUCGAGAUCUGACGUACGGCACCAGUCUUGACCAGGUCUUCCAAUACUCUUUGUGAUUCCUUGGAUUGUAGUGAAAGCAACAUUUGAAGAUAAUUUAUGCUGGACUGUUAACAAGAACCCGUAUUACUUUUGGAUUAUACGAGGACCUAUUACGGCAUCCAUUGUGUUGAAUUUGAUAUUCUUCAUAAACAUUACAAGAGUACUUUUCCUGAAGAUGUUUUCGUCACAGGCUAUUCAAAGUCGGCGAUAUAGAUAUAGAAAGUGGUUCAAGUCGACGCUGGUGCUGGUUCCCCUGUUUGGAGUCCACUAUGCACUCCUCCUUACUGUUAGCUUUGUCGCCAACCGUAGCGAAGCAUUGGAAGUCACAUGGCUCUACAUAGAUCAGACUUUUUCUUCAUUCCAGGGUUCAUUUGUCGCUCUCUUGUAUUGCUUCCUGAAUGGAGAGGUGCAAAGCGAAGUCCGAAAGAUGAUCGAGCGUUUUCGAGAGGUAGAAGGUCAAGGACACAAUCCUCAACACUCCCUCAUCACUCAAUCUCUGACCUACAUAAGCAAAGGACGGUCCUCUGUCCAAUCACUACACACUCUACCAGAAAAGAAAGAAAACUGGAAAAAUGGUGACAUACCUCUAGUUAUACAAGGAUCGCCAAAUCCAGAAAAAGGAGAUAAAGAGGAUUGGGGUGUCGCUGUUGGCCGACAAAACCUAACGGAAAGUUUGCUGUAAAAAAAAUGACAGAAAAAUUAACAGCUCUACAACCUCCGACGAAAUGGCGCUUAAAUAAAAAAAUUUAAAAAAGUACGGAAGAAAUCGUACUAAGGAUUUUUCUAACUGCAAAUGUGUUGAUUAUUUAUGUGUAGACGAACAUAUUAUUGUGUGUUCGCUUCCCCCCUUUAUGGUGAAUUGGAUGUGCUCCAAAUAUACUUUGAUUUGGUGUAAUCAAAGUAAAAAUAUAAUUUAUCAUUCCGUAACAGAUGUGUGUAUAAUACUUCUAAAAAAGCGAGAUUGUUGAAACUUGUUCGAAGUUGUCGGAUUUUAUUUAACAGAUUCUGACAAAACAAGUUUGUAAAUUUCUGCAUUUAUUAUUAUUUUAUUUAUUUUUGAUUUAACAGUAGACAUUUACUUUUGUUAUAUUUCUUUUAAUAAAAUAUGUAAGGAAAAAAAGCAGCCCCUCAGCUUUUGAACCAUUUUUUUAACGUUUUUUUUCUUUCCUAUUUCGACAGUACAUCGCUCACUGUUUGGGCGAUAAUAUCGUUUAAAUUUGUUGCAACCUUAACACAUGCGCUCCAGUGCGGAGUCGGUUAAAUAUAUUUCGUUUUUAUUUUAUAACCGUCGUUGAACAACCGACCUAAUUUGUUGGGUUUAUGACUACUUAUGUUCAACUCCGCAGCCGUGUCAUUUUGAACCCAAUCCAGAAGACAAGGGAACUCCUGAAUAAAGCAUCGGGAGAAAUCUGCCUUUCUGGAGAACUUUUUUAUGGAACUAGCCAGCAUUCGCGUUACAUGGAGAGGAAAACCAUCAAAACCUCCCACUGUUAGCCUGACGGAAAGGGGACUCUGACCCAUGGGUGGUUGGUGCAAGCCGGGUCUGGAUUUCGUAUGGAUCAGCCAUCACUGUCGUUCUAACCCAGGUUCCCCUUAUUGGAAGGCAAACGCUCUAUCCCCUGAGCGUUAACACUUCAAGCAGAACCACGUGAUUAGUACCAAUCACGUGGUUUAAAUCACAUGGUUGAUUUGAUCAUGCGCUAUGGGGACGUGGUGUUAAUCAAUUCUACGUUUUCUUGAGUUGCAAGUAAUCAAUUCACAAUUUUUUUGCCCCUUAUUAAAUAAAUUAUUAAAAAAAAUAUUGUAAAAAUCUAUUAAAAAUAAGCUUAGAGAAUUUUUUUCGAUUCGCUUUUGAGAAAAAAAAAUCCAUACAUAGCAGAAGGCGUAAAAAGUUUAGCAAACUUCAAGAGACUCGAUCGCUGUCUUAACUAAAUUAUCGGGUUUAUUAUUUUUCAAAUGGAGGUGAUUCCCCGAUAUUUUGAUAGCAGGAUUCCUAAUCCGUCGAAAAAAUGCAUGUUUAUUUAGAGAAAUUACGUUUUUAAGCUUGUUUCUCUAUCUUAAUUAAUAGUUGAUCUGAAUUAUAAAUAAGUAUAUUUCAGAUCAACAUUUGGUACAAUUAGGAUCGUCACUUAGUUCGUGAAAAUCUAAGUCAUUUAAACAAGUUAUUCAGGAUUUCGUGCUCUCUACAUAUAUUUCAAAAUUUUGCUCAAUGCUCGUACAGAAUAGUUGCAACAAAUUUGAACGAGAUUUUCGGAUCACGGUAAAGAUGUAAUGAUUUAAUCAAUAUUUCUGAGAAUGAUACUAUACCCUGUUUCAAGUUAAGAAAAAACUAUUAUCCUUAGGGAGAGAGUCUGUUUACAUCUAAGUACACGCCAAAUGGAUGCCAAGCUAACAGCGCGAACGAAUAUUAACAUCGCCAACUCUUGAAACGAAGUUGCACAGCCUGCUUUCUUUCUUAUUAACAACACUAAUCGAUUAACAAGCAAUAAGAAUUAAUAAAGAUAUCUAAAAAUCGUAACAAAUAUAAGAAAUUAAGGAAAGUCAUGAGAAAAUAAUAAAUAUUGCUUCGAGUAGUAGAGCGUUUGAUUUGUUUUGAGCAUACUAGUUGCAAGUUAAGAGAAAACUAUUAUCCUUAUGGAGAGAGUCUGUUUACAUCUAAGUACACGCCAAAUGGAUGCCAAGCUAACAGCGCGAACGAAUAUUAACAUCGCCAACUCUUGAAACGAAGUUGCACAGCCUGCUUUCUUUCUUAUUAACAACACUAAUCGAUUAACAAGCAAUAAGAAUUAAUAAAGAUAUCUAAAAAUCGUAACAAAUAUAAGAAAUUAAGGAAAGUCAUGAGAAAAUAAUAAAUAUUGCUUCGAGUAGUAGAGCGUUUGAUUUGUUUUGAGCAUACUAGUUGCAAGUUAAGAGAAAACUAUUAUCCUUAUGGAGAGAGUCUGUUUACAUCUAAGUACACGCCAAAUGGAUGCCAAGCUAACAGCGCGAACGAAUAUUAACAUCGCCAACUCUUGAAACGAAGUUGCACAGCCUGCUUUCUUUCUUAUUAACAACACUAAUCGAUUAACAAGCAAUAAGAAUUAAUAAAGAUAUCUAAAAAUCGUAACAAAUAUAAGAAAUUAAAGAAAGUCAUGAGAAAAUAAUAAAUAUUGCUUCGAGUAGACGAGUAGUAGAGCGUUUGAUUUGUUUUGAGCAUACUAGUUGCAAGUUAAGAAAAAACUAUUAUCCUUAUGGAGAGAGUCUGUUUACAUCUAAGUACACGCCAAAUGGAUGCCAAGCUAACAGCGCGAACGAAUAUUAACAUCGCCAACUCUUGAAACGAAGUUGCACAGCCUGCUUUCUUUCUUAUUAACAACACUAAUCGAUUAACAAGCAAUAAGAAUUAAUAAAGAUAUCUAAAAAUCGUAACAAAUAUAAGAAAUUAAAGAAAGUCAUGAGAAAAUAAUAAAUAUUGCUUCGAGUAGACGAGUAGUAGAGCGUUUGAUUUGUUUUGAGCAUACUAGUUGCAAGUUAAGAAAAAACUAUUAUCCUUAUGGAGAGAGUCUGUUUACAUCUAAGUACACGCCAAAUGGAUGCCAAGCUAACAGCGCGAACGAAUAUUAACAUCGCCAACUCUUGAAACGAAGUUGCACAGCCUGCUUUCUUUCUUAUUAACAACACUAAUCGAUUAACAAGCAAUAAGAAUUAAUAAAGAUAUCUAAAAAUCGUAACAAAUAUAAGAAAUUAAAGAAAGUCAUGAGAAAAUAAUAAAUAUUGCUUCGAGUAGACGAGUAGUAGAGCGUUUGAUUUGUUUUGAGCAUACUAGUUGCAAGUUAAGAAAAAACUAUUAUCCUUAUGGAGAGAGUCUGUUUACAUCUAAGUACACGCCAAAUGGAUGCCAAGCUAACAGCGCGAACGAAUAUUAACAUCGCCAACUCUUGAAACGAAGUUGCACAGCCUGCUUUCUUUCUUAUUAACAACACUAAUCGAUUAACAAGCAAUAAGAAUUAAUAAAGAUAUCUAAAAAUCGUAACAAAUAUAAGAAAUUAAAGAAAGUCAUGAGAAAAUAAUAAAUAUUGCUUCGAGUAGACGAGUAGUAGAGCGUUUGAUUUGUUUUGAGCAUACUAGUUGCAAGUU